UGAUUUGUGCAAGAUGCAACAGUAAUUUUAAUAGCAAAAUAUUAAAUAAAAAUUAAAAUGUUGCGCCAAGAGAACUUGGCAGCCAAUUUCUGUGGGCUGCUAGCCGCACAGGGCUACAAAGAGAAGGCCAACGAGUGGCGCAUUUUGGGACAGGAGCAAGAUGGUUCGCUGUUAACUUCUUGGAUCUUUGAGUAUCUGGAUGAGCCGGAAAAACGUGAAACAUGCGUUGGACAUUUUCAUGCCACAAAGAAGCAGCUGCGCGUAUUGUGGACACUGCCAGGUUGCAUGCAAAUCAUUCAGGCGAGCAUCAACAGCAGCAUUACCUUGUUGUCGUAUGUGGUAAAGACGAAGCUGAUGUAUCAAGCGUUUGUAGUGGAAGUGCGCAGCAGCGUGGCGGGACAAACAACUGCAUUGAAUGCAGAGCCCAGCAGCAAGCAGAUCAUGACGCAGUUUCUGUGGCGCGUGGAAAGUGCCACACGCACAUGCUGGCAGGAUAAGCUGCUGGUGUUGACACACGAGGAUAGCAUCAAGCAGUACAGCUGCACAGUCAAGCAGAGCUCGACAACGACUAUACAACCAGGCAGCGCUGAGGGCAGCGGCUGGCGCUUGGACACGAGCAUUUUGACGCAUGAGCUGCUGGCCAAGAACUUUAGCUGGGCGCAGUUUGAUGCAGAGCAGCAAGCGCUGUACUAUAUACAUCUGAAGCCCAAGGCAGUAAGUCUAAGUCUGCUGGAUGAACGUGAGCAAACUGGCGAGCAGGCAAAGCCUGUAUUGAGUCCCACAUUGAGCGCCUUUCAGUUCAAUGAGAAGCAGCCCACAGAGACUGUGCUCAACAUACCGCUGAAUUUGCCCAAGCUCAAGUCCAGUGACGAGGCUGAGGAGACAGCCAGCUAUGAUGAUGAUGCAGUGCCGCUGCGUGUGCAUGACAGCAGCUUGAAUCUCAUAAUUCUUGCCGACAGCUCGGGCAUGUUCUUUGUUUGCCACUACUAUUUGUAUCAGCCCAAAGCGCAUAAGCAGUCCGGCGACAAGCAGCAGGAUGUGCAUUUUGCCUACUCGGUAUCCUUGCUACAUCAUGGCUGCGUGCUGCACUGCGUCAUGCCGGGCGUGCCCUGGCAAAAGGCGAGACUGCUGCGUCCUACAUUUGCUCUCCAAGGCACACAUCAGUUGCUCGUCUCUUCGGCGUUCUUUGUGCAUUUGCUGGAUGUGGGUUUGCAGCAUGAGCCGAGCUGUCAUAUCGUUUGCUCUGCAUUGAACACACGCAAUGCUGAGGUCACCCACUUGGUGCCACUGCGUAAAUGGGGCGCCUUGGCCUACGAUGCCGUCAGCUUGGAUUUGGUUUCGAUAAACGUGCCCAAGGCGCAUCUUAUAGAGGCGUUUCGUAAUGACAGCUCGCUGGAUAAUCGCAUUAGCAUCAUACACUACUUUCUUAUACACUCGGGCGAUAUGGAUGUGCUUGCUGAGCUGCUGAGCUGCAUUCUGGAGCGUCCACUUUCACUCGAUACGGUCGCUUUGCUUAAAGAGGCGCUCAUAGCUGGCAGCUAUGCGGCCGCCCUGCGUGGUCUGCCAGAUGAAGCCAAGACACUGCUGAAGCUGCUACCCUUGACCACAGCUGUUGCCAGCAAGCCCAUUCAGGCGCGCGUUGCCGACAUCAAUGUGGGCAUAUCACAUGAGGCUUUGCAUAAUACCAGCAUGAUGCUGCUUUCGCCACAGCAGCGUCUUUCGCCCUAUCGCACAGACAUUUGGACACGUCUCUGGGAGCUGCUUAAUGAAAACGGCAAGCAGGAGCAUCCACGCUUUACCGCUGAGCAGGUGACGGAGAAGUUGAUCUUUAGUCUUGCUUGCUAUCAGCCCGAGGCGCUGUCCCGCUGCACUACACCCAUGACUCCAGAUGCUCCAGGCAGCAGCACUGGCGGCUUUGGCGAGUUCAACAACAGCAGCGCCUUUCCCUUUGGCAAUGAGGUGUUGCCCUUUAUAGAGCAGCAGGGCUGCACUGCCAGCAAGCAGGAGCAUGUCAUCUCUGUGUAUCUGCGUGAGCUGAGCGUGCAUUUGGUUAAGCAUUCAUCCAAGCCGCAAACUGGCUUUCGUUGGCUUAAGGAAACCUUCUUCGAUCGCUCUCAGGCUCCAGCUCAUGUCCAUGCUGUGGCCUCGCAGUUUGUUACAGCCCAGUUGGAGCUUUCGCGUGCGCUUUGCUCUCUGGUCUGUCGUGCUGCUGGAUUGGAUGCGCGUCUAGAGACUCUACGCGGCUUUCAGCUUAUCGAUCAGAUGUCCAGCAAUCAACAACACUCGCUAUUUCUCAUACUGGAGCGUUACACUUUGGCUGUGGAGUCCAUAGCUUUUCCACUGCCCGAGGGCUUUUCUUCAUUCUUUACCUAUUUGGGCUAUCGUGCGCUGGAAUAUGAAAUGUUUUUGCAGUAUGUGGAGAAUCAUGUGUUUGAGCUGCAAGUGGAUGUAAUGAAAGCCAUUGUCUUUGAUAUUGAGGACACUCCGCAAGGCAUUGAACGCAAACUGUCGCUGCUCUCAGCGUUGCCCAGGCAGCGUGCUCAGCGUCUGCUUAAAUGCUGGCAGCAUCCAGAGAGUCUCAUGAUACGUGGACGCCAGCAUGCUGCAAAUAUUCUCUCGGGUCAGCAACAAGAAACUUCGCAGCAGCGCAGCUCUAGCAACACUCAAUGGCGCAUGCAAGCUCGCAGUGAUUUCUCUACGGAAACUUUGAGGCCAUUGGACUCCUUUUUGGAUUUGUUAACCGCCAAGGCGAGUCUUAAUGACUUGGAUUACAAUUUGUUAAUCGAAACAACACUAAGUUCUCUCGAGCUGCUUAAAGUCGACGAGUAAUUUAGAUAUACGCCAAAGUUAUGUGUCAAAGUGCAACAGUUGCAAUUAGAGCAUUCCAAAGUAUUUAUUCUAAGUGUCUAUAGAUGUCUAUUUUUCGAUGUUAUAUGUAUACAAGCUUACAUAUUUGUUCCUUAUUUAUAUGUAAAGUAUUAGCCUAAAGGUGCAAUUAUUGUAAACAAAAAUAAACUAUAUAUGUCUAACCACUAAGCAAAUGCUUAGUGGUCUAACUAAAAUAAGUAGAAUUUAAAUUUCGAAUUUGUUAGCUGACAAAAGCUGAGUAGUGCUUACAGUGAGGCGGAGCAUAAAAUUUGCUGUUAGCCGUUAACAGUGCUGUUAAGCUGUUUACAUUUUCUGUUGCAUAUUUUGUUGCGUUAUAAGUACUUUUGUAAAA